AUGUUAGAAAUCUCCCUAUAGCAUAGCGUGGAAAGUUUAGAGGAGGCAGGUGAUCAGCAUUAGAACAAUAGAUAUAGACUGCUCAAUAAUCAUCAAGAAAUCAAUUCUCAGGGCAACUAAAUCAAUCAGAUUAAAGUCAUGGGUAUGGAAACUGUAUAGACUUUAAGAGAUGCAAACUAAGAGUAAUAUAGGCAAAGAGAUGGACUGGUGAAAAUAGCUUAAACCAAUCAAAGAAUAGCUUUUGACAUUCAGCAAGCUGAUACGAUAACUAAGUAAAUCAGCAGAGCAGAGAUGAGACAAAAAAUGCUUUAAUACGCCAUUAUUUUUCUGCUAGGCGUGUCAAUCAUCUUAAUAUUAUUUCUCAGGAUUGUUCGAUGA